ACGAGUCGAAUUUCUGGGCCGAUUAAAAAAAAUAAAUAGAAAGAAAUCGGCUGAAUAUUUAAUAGAAAAAAAAUAAAAGAAUUAGGGUUCUUCGUUCUGGUGGUACCUUACGUCGGAUUAGGGCACGAAUUUGGACCUUCAUCUUCUACAAUUCCAACCCAGGAAAAUGAGUGAUACCGAAGAGAAGGAUGAAACUGGACAAGAAUUGCCAGUUGAUGCUUUAAAUAAUGGGAAACCGGAAAAUGAUCAUAACAAGCAGAAUAAUUCUCCGAAUUCAGGAGAUUCUGGACCGGUUCAGGAGACCCCGAAUCCUCCUGCUGAAAAUGGCGAAACUCUACCCGUUAAGACAGACGUUGAGAUGACAACUGAUGAGAAAACUAGUGUAGAAGUAGAACCACAGUCCAUUUCACACCAAUCUGGUCAAAAUUUGCCUUCUCCUUCAGUCACAAUAAAUUGCGGGGACGAACAAUUAGUUAAGCCAGAUACUGAAGCCUUACAGGAUGAGGAUGAACAAUUAGUCAAGCCAGGUACUAAACCCGUAGCUGAUACCAAGAGUGCUGAAGCCCAGGAUUUGCCUCAAAGUAAUAAUCAUGGUCGUGAUGAUGACAACGCUGUUUCCACAAGUCUUCCAGAGACUGUUAAAACUGAAGUUACUCAAGUGCCGGAGCAGGAAUCUGGUGGUGCUGCUGAAGAAAGUGUAACUGUGGGUCAUAAGGAACCUGUUACGCCUCAUGCCGGAUCUUCUGAUGUAAAAGCUGAUUCUGGGAAUGGGAAAGAAUUGAAGAAUAAGGUGGAUGAAAAAGAUAUUACUACACCCAAAAAUAAUGGAACCUCAAACUCAAAGGGCAUGUUCCUUUUAGAUGAGAGUGACGUGUAUGAAGGUAAUGAUUCUGGGACAGAAGAGGAGCAAUCAGCUUUCAUGAAGGAAGUGGAAAAUUUCUUUAAGGAGAGGAGCAUGGAAUUGAAACCUCCAAAGUUUUAUGGAGAGGGUUUGAAUUGCCUUAAGCUUUGGAGAGGUGUGAUCAGAUUGGGUGGCUAUGAUAAGGUGACCUCAAAUAAGUUGUGGCGGCAAGUGGGAGAAGCCUUUAAACCUCCAAAGACAUGCACUACGGUUUCAUGGACAUUUCGAGGUUUCUAUGAGAAGGCACUGCUAGAUUAUGAAAGGCAUAAAUUUGGUACUGAACCACCAAUCUCUUCCCAGCCAGAGCCUAUGAAUAUCGAUAACCAGGCUGCAGGAUCAGGUCGAGCAAGAAGGGAUGCUGCGGCACGUGCCAUGCAGGGUUGGCACUCACAACGUAUCACUGGGAAUGGUGAAGUCAGUGACCCUAUCAUAAAGGAUAAAAAUGCAAAUUCUUUGCAAAAGCGUGAAAAACAGCUUAAAAGCAUCGGUUCACUUAAAAGAAAGAAGCCACCUUAUGUGGAGCAUGUGGUAAAAGCUGCACGUACUAAAGCAUCUAAGUUGCAAUUGGAUGUAGAUGUGGUUGAUCUUGGACCUCCAGCGGAUUGGGUGAAGAUCAAUGUGCAGAGAACUAAAGAUUGUUUUGAGGUAUAUGCUUUAGUUCCAGGUCUUCUACGGGAGGAGGUUCGUGUUCAAUCUGAUCCCGCUGGGCGAUUGGUUAUAACUGGAGAACCUGAGCAUCCUGAUAAUCCAUGGGGUGUCACAGCUUUCAAAAAGGCUGUCACCUUACCAUCAAGAAUUGAUCCGCACCAGACAUCAGCCGUGGUCACCCUGCACGGUCAGUUGUUUGUUCGUGUUCCAUUUGAGCAGUCGGAUCAGUAGCAUUUCGCGGUGUCCAUCCUUGACCAUCAGGCUCCUCUGUAGAAAUUAGACAGACCGUACCGACCGUAAUCCGGCCAAGUUAGUUUAGUUGGUUAUAAUCCACAUGUUCCACGGAACAUCCGGACCUUAAUGUUGACUCAUUUAGUACAGGAUAUAACCUAACCGUUGUACUUAUUUACCAACAUGUUCGGUUUAAUCGUUGAUGUUACAUGGUAACAUGCCUAGGAAUCCUCAUUCAUUCAUUUUCUUGAAGAUGUACAUGUUCUGAAGAUACUAUUGUACAUUUUGAAAGGGCAUUUGCCAAGGCAAAAGAAAAUGCAUUCUGUAAA